AUGGGAUUUAAUGAUGACACAACCUAUGGUAGCGCUGAUCCCCACGGCAAAGACAUGGCAUUCGAAAGCGGGGGCUACUAUGCAAAACCAGUUCCGAUCAGGAUUUCGAAGUCUUUAGAACCACUACCGUCGCUGCUCGUAGAGAACCAGAUGAAUCUCUUGUACUUCCAUCACUUCAUCAAUCACACAGCGCGGGUUCUUGUCAAUCAUGACUGCGAGCGGAAUCCCUUUCGCGAGAUUUUACCAGAGAUGGCUGUACAAGAUGAGAACAUCAUGAAUCUUCUUCUCGCGUAUAGCGCGGCACACCGAGCACGCAUGCUCAAUCACCCCGAGCCCUCAAAUCGCAUCGCCGUCUGGGUGCAAGACGUAUUCCCCAAACUACGUGAAGCGCUCAACGAUGAUCCCAACACUGUAUCGGAUAGUACUUUAGCCGCAGUGAUAAUGAUGGCGAGUCUGGAGGUUAUAUCUUCUGGAACAUUCGAAGUACCUGUAUCCUGGCAAAGCCAUCUGACUAUGGCACGGCAGAUGAUCAUCCAGCGUGGCGGACCAAAGGGCAUGGGGCGGCAUGAUCGUGUGGCCUACUUCCUCUCGCGUUGGUUCGCAUACCUCGACGUCCUCGGCUCACUAAGUGGGAACAAGAACGACACACCUCUUGGCUCCUUCUACUGGUCUAGCGAAAACGCUUCCGCGGACGAAGAUUUUGAGAUCGACUGUCUAAUGGGCUUUACAACAAGAUGUGUCGGGUCCCUGGCCCGUGUUUCUGAACUAGCGAAGCGCUGUGAACCGCAGCGCAUUGAUGAAGAAGGCAACGUGAGGGAGGGUUGGACACCUAGCCCUGAGAUUAUAGAGGAAGCCGUUGAGCUUCGUCACGCACUGGAGGAAGGCUUACUAGGCCGGAACAUCAGGAAAGGAUGCAACCACCGCUCCAGUACCUCCUCUGAGUCUGAAGGUGCAUGGGAUGCAACCGAGAUCUACGCGACCAACGAAUUAUUCCACUGGGCGGGUCUAAUCCACUUGUAUCGUCGCGUUCUCGGAAAACCCGUCAUGGACCACGAAGUUCAGCAAGCCGUGCGAGAGAUUGUGGGCCUACUGUACAAGAUCCGGAGAGGAAGCACAGCAGAGGCAUGUUUGAUCUUUCCCAUGUUUGCUGCUGGCUGCGACGCGCAAGACGAAGGACAGAGAGAGAAAAUCAUCGAGCGGCUGAGGAGUGUGGAGGGCUUCGGACUGAACCAUGUAAGCUCCUGUUAUCAGAAAGUGAAGGCUGACUUGCUUACUCCGUAUCAGGUACCUAAAAUCAGUACGCUCAUGAAGAGCGUCUGGGAUACCGGUAAACCGUGGGAGUCGCUCGUCUCUGGCGAGUUCUUCGGCUGA